AAAUAUUUCCAGAAAUUUUUUAAAUGCUUCUUCAGAACAAUCAUGGAAUUCUCUCAGCUCCCUCUCUCUCUCUAGAAACUCCAAAAAGGGAAAAACAAAAUUAUUUUUCAGUUGGAAAAAGGGCAUUGGAUGAGAAAUCCAGAGCCAGAAGCCCAUUUUUUCAGGUAGAAUUUAGAUUUUUUUUUUCUGUUCGAGAAUUGAUUGCCGGAGGAGAUAGGAAAAUUCGCCGAGUCGGAACAGUGAACAAUGUCGUCGCUGGACAUUGACGGAAUUUUGGUUAACACCAAGGAGCUCGAUCGGCUCCGGAAGGAGCUGGAGGUGGUUGUUAUCGAGAUUAACAAGAUGCACAAGAAGCUUCUCGCCACUCCUAAGGUGGUUGAGAAGCCUGGCGAUAAUUCAUUGUCAAAACUGAAGCAUUUAUAUACUCAAGCAAAACAGCUUUCAGAGGAUGAAGUGAGUGUUUCCGCCGCCUUAUUGGGCCAACUUGAAACUUUGUUACCCGCUGUACCUACUGGGCAACAAAGGAGAAGGAUAGAUAAAGGGAAAAGAAUGAAGGCAGAUUCAGAUAACGCUCGCUCACCUUCCAUGAGAAACCUCGAGGCUUGUGCGAAUCUGAAGGAUGAACAGGUGGCAGCCAGGGUGACACCAGAUGGGGCUGAGAAGGACGAAUGGUUCAUUGUAAAAGUGAUGCAUUUUGAUAAGGAGACAAAACUAUUUGAUGUACUAGACGAGGAGCCAGGUGAUGAAGACGAAGGUGGAGGGCAGAGAAAAUACAAGUUACCAAUGUCAGCAAUCAUUCCCUUCCCGAAACGAAAUGAUCCUUCUACCGUCCCCGAAUUCCUACCUGGAAAACGAGUUUUAGCUGUUUAUCCAGGAACAACUGCUCUUUAUAGGGCAACAGUUGUCAAUGGUCAUCGCAAGAGGAAAACCGAUGAUUACUUGUUGGAAUUCGACGACGACGAGGAAGACGGGUCAUCAACGUUGCCCCAGAGAACGGUACCCUUCCAUAAAGUGGUUGCCUUGCCUGAAGGACUUCGCCAGUAAGCUACUUGUGUUUAUAUUUGUGAAUAAAAUAUAAGGUUGUAAAUCGUAGACCUAAAAUUAUGCAUUCUCUACUUAAUUUGUCUUUAAAUAUUUGAGCGAUGACAAAUGGAUUCAAUAUCUUCACUCUUGCCCUCUAAGAUCUAACUACGUAAGGAAUACCGACAUCCAUGAGUUUCAUCUCAAAACUAAUUGUAAUUGACAAUGAGAUAAGUAGAUUAUAUAUCUUAUAAACCGUCAUUAAUUUUUUUUA